AUGGCAACGCCGUUUGUUGUACCGCAAUUUUCCACGAAGGACUACAGCUCCUUCUUCACCGCAGGAGCACUAUGUUGCACAGUUACGCAUGGCGGCAUGACGCCGAUUGACGUCAUCAAGACCCGCAUCCAGAUCGACCCCGCGCUCAAGGGCCACUCCCUCCUCUCCGGCGGCCGCCUCAUCGUCGCGAACGAGGGCCCCGCCGCGCUCCUCACCGGCUUCGGGCCCACCGCCGUCGGCUACCUCGUCCAGGGCGGCGCCAAGUUCGCCGGCUACGAAUACUGGAAGAAGCAGUUCGUCCAGAUCGCCGGCAGCCAGGAGGCCGCCGUCGGCCACCGCACCGCCAUCUACCUCGGCGCGUCCAGCGUCGCCGAGUUCUUUGCUGACAUCCUGCUGACGCCGCUCGAGGCGACGCGCAUCCGCCUCGUCUCGGAGCGCGGCUACGCAUCGGGGCUCACGACCGGGUUCAUGCGCCUCGCGCGCGAGGAAGGCGUCGCCGGGCUGUACGCGGGCUUCCUGCCCAUCCUCUGCAAACAGAUCCCCUACGCGAUCGGCCAGUUCACCGUGAACGAGUUCUGCCACGAGCUCGUGUUCCGCAACAUGUCCGACGAGAAGCGCGCGUCGCUCAGCGGCGGCACCAAGUUCACGAUCUCGCUCGGGAGCGGCGUCAUCGCCGGCUUCGCUGCGGCGAUUCUCAGCCAGCCGGCAGACACCCUGCUUUCGCAGAUCAACAAGGGCCACGGGCCGUCGGGCUCAAUGGCAUACCGGCUGGUGACGCUCGGGCGCCAGGCGGGCGUGCGCGGCUUGUUCGCGGGGCUCGGACCUAGGAUGGUCAUGACUGCGGGUCUGGUAUCGGGCCAGUUCCUGCUGUAUGGUGUCGUCAAGGACAUGCUCGGGGCGCCGCCUGGGCUGGAGAUCCACAAGGAAACGAGCGUGAAGCUGUAGGAGGUGCCGGCCGGACGCUGUUGUGUUGUGUUAUAGUGUACGCGCGAUCGCGCGAUCCGAUGAACGGUGUGUUUCUGAGUAUGCAAAUAGAGAACACUGUAGAGUAGACUUGUUUCGCUAAUGAGCACUGUAGCCUCUUCCUGACGCUGUA